AUGUCCCUGGAAUCAAGCUUUAUGUCAUCAUCGUCUAUCUCAUCGAUCGCCGGACUUCGGCAACCAGCCCAGUUCAACUUCAUCGACGUCACGGACUGGCCUGCCUGGAGGGACGAGUUUGAAGACUACCUCUAUGCGUCCAGAACUCAAGAUAAACCAGGAGAAGUUAAGGUCAGGACAUUGCUUUACUGCAUGGGAAGAAAAGCGCGUGAAAUUUUACGAACCUUCAACCUAUCUGAGGAAGAGACAAAAAAUUACGCGAUUGUUCUUGAAAAAUUCAAUGCACAUUUUACUCAUUCACGAAACACCGUUUACGAGACUGCAAACUUCAGCCGACGGCAGCAGAAUCUUGGCGAAACCGUAGACGCGUACCUCGUAGAGCUGCACAAGUUGGCAGAAAAAUGUGACUUUGGCCUAAUGAAAGAACGGAUGAUACGAGACAGGUUCGUUGUUGGCCUAAUAGAUACUAAGCUGUCACAGUCGCUUCAAAUGGAUUCUUCUUUAACCCUUCAAUCGGCUGUAACGAAGGCCCGCCUAAAAGAAGCGGUUGUGAAGCAGCAAAGCGAGUUGGGGAAAAAAGACCUGGUUGCCGACACCGUGGGUUGUGACUGCAGAUGUUCAAAGCCAGCCCUUACUGAAGAAUUCGCAACAGAUCUUGUUAGCCGUCAGGAGAAGAGAAAUCGCCGCGGUGUUGACUCACGCCAUUCAUGCGCCCACUGCAGAUAUCGGCACCCACAAAGGCCCUGUCCCGCACGCAACAAAGAAUGUUUGAAAUGCGGCAGAGUCGGUCAUUUUGCAAAAAUGUGCCAUACUAGCCUCCCACAGUGGAAAAAACCGGAGCCCAGAGACUAUUGCAGGAAUUUUGUAUCCGAGGUCACACUGCCCGAGAAUGAUUUCUUCCUCGGUACGGUAGCAAAGCUGACUCCAGCUCCCGUAACCAGAGAAGUAGAAGUCAGAGUCAAUGAUGUUCCUCUGCUAGCAAAGAUUGAUUCUGGCGCUGACGUCACUGUUGUCGGGUCUGCAUUCCCAGGGUUGCCAGACCUUCUUGAACCGCCAGACACACUGAAAGGACCAAGUGGAACUACGCUCAACGUUCUUGGGAAGUUCAGAGCAGUAAUCCAAUGGAAAAAGAAGACUACGUCCCAAAUGGUAUAUGUCGUGCACGGUCUAAGAAAGCCCCUCUUGGGGUUGCCAGCAUUACUUGACUUAGAGAUCAUACGUUUUUUGAACGAAGUGGAAGUCGGAGAAGAUCACUGGUCUACUCGCAAGUUUCCCGAGCUGUUCCGAAGUCUAGGCAAAAUUCCCGGGGAAUACGUCAUUCGAUUACAAGAAAACUAUUGGUGUGCACCAAUUGUUCUUGUGAAAAAGCCAUCGGGGAAAAUCAGGAUCUGUGUUGAUUUGACGAAGCUCAACGAAUGCGUUAAGCGAGAAAGGUUGAUCUUGCCAACCGUAGAAGAGGUCUUGGGCAGCAUUGGCCCCGCCAGGUUUUUCACGAAGCUGGAUGCUAAUUCCGGGUUUUAUCAGAUUAUGCUCUCAGAAAAGAGUCAAGAGCUCACAACUUUCAUAACGCCGUUCGGACGUUAUUGUUUCCAACGCCUUCCCUUCGGGAUCACUUCAGCACCAGAGGUCUUUCAAAGGAAAAUUGCGCAAGUGCUUGACGACAUACCAGGAGUCCUGAACUUAAUGGAUGACAUCCUUAUUUAUGGAGACAACAGAGAAGAACACGACCGGAGACUAAAUGCAGUCUUACAGCGCCUGUCUGACAAUAACGUCACCCUGAAUCUCGAGAAAUGCAAAUUCUUUGUGGAGAAGAUUUCGUUCUUGGGAGUUCUCAUUGACCAGCACGGAAUUUACCCGGACCCCAGAAGAGUAGAAGCGUUGACAGCUCUAGAACCUCCUCAAAACGUUUCGAACUUGCGUCGUAUUCUAGGGAUGUUCAACCAUGUUGGAAGGUUCAUCCCUAACAUGUCAACAUUAUCAGCACCUCUGCGCGAACUUCUUGUGAAGAACGUUGACUGGUAUUGGGGAAACGGCCAACAGGAUGCUUUUCAACGUCUAAAGGCCUCCAUCUCUUCUGGAAUUUGUAUGGCCAAGUACAACCCUAAUCUCCCGACGAUACUGUCAGCGGAUGCCUCAUCCUACGGGCUUGGAGCCGUGCUACUGCAAGUCCAGCAACCUGGGGACCGUAAGCCAGUAGCGUACGCGUCGCGAUCACUAAACAGCGCCGAAACUCGUUAUUCUCAAAUGGAGAAAGAGGCUUUAGCCUUAACCUGGGCCGCGGAGAAGUUUGACGAAUAUAUCUGUGGUCUGCGCUGUACCUUCGAAACUGAUCACAAACCGCUUGUCUCCCUCCUCGGUCUCCAGCACCUGGAUCAGCUACCACUAAGAAUUCAAAGGUUUCGGCUGAGGCUAAUGAGAUACGAUUACAACGUCACCUAUGUACCCGGUGCGUCCAUGACAAUAGCCGACGCUCUUUCGCGUUCUCCGCUGAAGGACACCACGUCAUCCCUUACUGCCGAUGAAGUUUCGGCAUUCGUACGUGGAGGAAUCGAGGCGAUCCCGGACUCCGACAAAUUGCUAGACCAUAUCCGGGAAUUUCAGAAAAAAGAUGAAGUGUGCAGCACACUAAGAGAGUAUUGCAAAACGGGACGGCCCCCCAAAGGGCGAAUUAACCAGGCACUACGUCCUUAUUAUGAACAAAUGGCAAAACUCUCAGUGUGUGAAGACGUCCUACUGUGCGGCCAGCGUAUCGUAAUUCCCAUGUCUCUGCGAGAAGAAAUUCUGGGUCGCAUACACGAGGGACACCAAGGCAUUGUUAGAUGCAGACAGAAAGCGAAGGAGUCUAUCUGGUGGCCGGGUAUCAGCAAGGAGCUGGCGGACCUUGUUAGAGCCUGUUCCGUCUGCGAGGAGUACAGACUUCAGCCGUCAGAACCCAUGAUCCCAACGGAGACACCUCCCCUCCCAUGGGACAAGGUCGGAGUGGAUCUAUUUCACCUAGGGGGAAUCGAAUACGUCCUGGCAGUGGACUAUCGGUCCAGAUACCCAGAAGUGCUACCUCUGUCGAAUGAUUGGUCUUCACGAGCUGUCAUUUUACGCUUAAAAAGCAUCUUCGCGAGGCACGGCAUUCCCCGAGAAGUGGUAACGGACAACGGUCCUCAGUUUGCAAGUGAAGAAUUCAGGAACUUUGGACGAUAUUAUGGAUUUAAGCACACCACAUCUAGUUCCUAUUUCCCACAAUCUAACGGACAAGCGGAAAGAACUGUCAGGACUGUUAAACGCCUCAUUCAAAUGUCCGAGGACCCCUAUCUGGCGUUGCUCAAUUACAGGAAUACACCUGGACCUUCUGGGGAAAGCCCAACACAGCUUCUGAUGGGACGACGCUUGAGGAGCAGGGUACCACUUCUUCCUCAACAGCUGAAACCUGAUUCUCAGCACUAUGGGUGGAAAGACCGAGACACCUACGAAAAGAAGAAACAGAAGACGAACUUUGACCGGAGACAUCGCGCUCAUACUUUGCCGCCUCUUCAGAAGGGGGAAUCCGUCUGGCUACCACAGCUGAAAAUACAAGGAACUAUCGUGGAUAACGAUCGCGCUCCGCGGUCCUAUUGGGUGCAGACUAACAAGGGUCUGCUACGUCGAAACCGCAGACAUCUGAUACGCAGGGCUAACACCCCUUCAGGAGAGGGGCUCUCACAACAAGAUUCUACGCUGGACAUCGAGGUUCCCGAAACACCGAUUCCUGUGGGGACUGCCAGAGAAGACUUGGAAGAUGAGGUCGAUCAACGGUCCAAAGAUGAUGAUCCUGGCCCGAGGGUAGAUGCCCAGGCUUACGGACAACCGUCCCUGACAACAUCUCGAUAUGGAAGGGUAUCCAAGCCUCCAGACAGAUAUGGUUACCCAGUAUAG